AUGGAGGGUGUCAUUGAGCUUUUAAGAGCCAAGUCUAAGGACGGGGCUGGAAAGAGCAAGUGGAUCCCGUCCACUCAAGACAGAAAGUUGUUACAGGCUGAAGGGACAGAUGUGUGGGAAUUCAUUUUUGAUAUGCUUCAAGCAAAAAGGGUUUCUGAAGACAGUGUCUCAGAGAGAAAGGCCCAAGUUUCGUCGGAAAUAGAAUCGUUAAGAAAUGCUGUGGCACUACUUCAAUCUGACUUGAAGCAGUUUCAAGAAACAGCAUCAAAACUAGUUGAUAAAACUGAUAGUAUAGAACAGGAGAAAAGGCUCCUAUUGCAGAGGAGGGAGCUGCUGAGAGUUCACACUGAACAAGUACUUGAAAACUCUAGAGCUGUUGUUGAUUAUGCUAGACGUAUGGAAGAGAAAUGCAAAUAUUUUAGUUCUAAGGGUAAGAAAGGUGCUCAUCAAGCUGCUGCUACUGAUUCUAUUUAUAUGAAGAAGUUAAGGUCUGUCUUUAGUAAAGUGAUUUCAUUACUAGAAAUGUCUUCAAAUGCAUCACCAAGUGUUGAGGAUUUUAAAAGAGCUAAAGUCAGCACAAUGACAAGUAUUGAAUCUCUUUUGCUUGAAGUUCCAGUAGAAGGUAUAGUUAAUGAGAUAUCUCAACUGGCAGUAAAUGCUACACAGAGCAUUGUGAAAUUGGCUAGUGAUGUUCAUUCGAUAAAUGAUAUUCAUAAUCUGAAGUUUACAGUCAAAGAUGGUAUUCUUGAGGACGUUAACGGUGACUCAUCUGUUUUACAGUCAGUAGAAGAACACAUAUCAGAAGUUGAGUUACAGUACAUUUCAAUAUCUCAAAGUUGCCUUGGAUUCAGAAAGGAAGCCAACGAGGAGUCCCUCAAAUACGAGUCCCUCCUAACAGAAUGUGCUCAACUAAUCAACGAACGAAACACUGACGACUCAAAGAGACCCCUCAUAGAUCAGUGUCUCUGUUUAGAGAUUGACAUUGCUGUCUAUGAGUCAUCAAUAGAGACGAUAACUUCAGUAACACAAGAUCUUCUUGAGGCACAGUCUCAAAAUGAAACUAAUGCCACUCUAUUGAAAAGCAAAGCUGAUAGACUAGUAGAAAACGAUAUGCUAGUUGCUUCAAAAGAGGACACUAUUAGAAGAAUUGUUUCACAGAACUCUGCAGCCAAGACUGGCACUCAGAAGCAAAAGGCUGAGCACAGAGAAUACAUAGUGAAGAAAGUUUGCUCUAGUAGAAAUGAUAUUGAGGGAGUCCUGUCUUUCCUUAUGGCAGGAGAUGGAAGAGUCACAGAGAAAAUUCCUUUGUCAUUAUUAUCAAAAACAUUUAGGACUUGUGAUUGGAAGGUAGGACAGUUCCUGUCUCCUAAUAUUGUGAGAGACUUGAUGGUACAUUCAUAUCAAAUACCUUACCACGAGUUUAUAUGGAGAGUGUUCCUUUUCCUAACAAAAAUGAAAGAGCAGCAAGAGUUUGAACAUACUGAAUGUACUCAUGAUGAACACAAUUCAGAUGAUACUGUGCUGGCUUUAUCACAGGAGUGCUAUGAAAAGCAGGCCAAGCUGGUAACAAAGUUAUCUGGAAGUCUUUCAACAGUAUCUAAAUCUCUUGCCUGUGUACCUGAAACAGAACGUAUUCUUAAAGAAAUGUGGACUCAGCCAGCUCAGGACAUUAUCAGCUGGGCUACUGUUGAAGGAAUGACCAUGAAGGAGUGGCUAGGCCAAUGGAACCUUCUUAUGCAGAGACACAAUCAACUAAUGAAUCAUCCUUAGCAGUGAUUUUAACCAAGUAGUAAAAAAUACAUUAUUAUCCAUAUUCACACUUAUAAUGAUUGGUAAUUUUGGAGGAUAGGGUCUGUGACAAAUUUUUGUCAUUUUUCAACUUUUUAUACACACUUUA